AUUUCCCCCAGCGACCUUGUUAGAAGCUUGAAAGCAGGGAAAUCCGGAUGUCUCAGUUAUGAAGUGGAACAGUGGGGGCCCCAACAUAUUUCCAGAAGUCUCCAUCCAGACUGGUGAUUGCAUGCUUUUGUUACUGCCUGUGGCUGUCUGAGGUGCUUCUCUGUCUCUGAAGAGGUUGGCACAAUGGCCAAGUGCUUCAGCCUGGUGUUGCUUCUUGCCUCCAUCUGGACCACAAGGCUCCUGGUCCAAGGCUCUCUCCAGGUAGAAGAGCUUGUCAUCUCAGCUCCAUGCAGAAUUGUGGGGGUCACCCUUUUGACCAGAAAGACAGCUGAGCAGUUGAAUUUCACAGAAGCCAUGGAGGCCUGCAGGCUGAUGGGACUAACUUUGGCAAGUAAAGACCAGGUUGAGGCAGCAUGGAGAUCCUACUAUGAGACUUGCAGCUAUGGAUGGGUUGCAGAUAAGUUCUUAGUCAUCCCUCGGAUUUCCGCAAACCCCAAGUGUGGAAAGAACGGGGUGGGCGUCCUGGUUUGGAGAAAUUCACCCAGCCAAAAGUACAGGGCCUACUGUCACAACUCAUCUGAUACUCGGAUUAACUCAUGCUUACCAGAAACUAUCAUCACCAAAGAUCCCGUAGUCAACACUCAAACUGAAACAUACACAACAGAAAUGACUGCCAGCGACAGUAUAUACUCAUCAUCAUCUACUGAUGUACCUUACUCUCCUACACAUACUCCUGUGCUGGCUUCGAUUUCUACUCCACGGAAAAGAAAAUUAAUUUGCAUAACAGAAGCUUUUAUGGAAACUAGCACCACAUCUACAGAAACUGAACCAUAUAUUGAGUAUAAAGCAGCAUUCAAGAAUGAAGAUGUUGGAUUUGGAGGUGUUCCCACGACUCUGCUAGUGCUUGCACUCCUCUUCUUUGCUGCUGCAGCUGGUCUCGCAGUUUGCUACGUCAAAAGGUAUGUGAAGGCCUUCCCUUUUACAAACAAGAGUGAACAGAAGGAAAUGAUUGAAACCAAAGUAGUAAAGGAGGAGAAGGUCGAUGACAGCAACCCUAAUGAGGAAUCAAAGAUAACUGGUAAAAAUCCAGAAGAGCCCAAGAGUCCACCCAAAACUACAGUGCGCUGCCUGGAAGCUGAAGUUUAGAUGAGAAAUGAGAGAACACAGCCAAGGCUGAUUUUCUUUCCUGAUGCAUAUCCUGGUCCCAGAUGGGGAAAUGAAAAGGGCCAAAGAACCAAACAAGAAAGUCCAGCCUUGCUUCCUAACUGGAAUCAGCUCAAAGCUACCUUUGGACUAUGUAGACAACCAAAGGGAAUUCCCUUCUUCUUACUGCAAUCCUUUCUGGAUCCUAUCCUUCUACCUCCAAAGCUUCCCACAGCCUUUCUCACCUGGUUAUGUCCUAAUAAUAUCCCAGUGGGAGAAAAGAGUUUUGCAAAGCACAAGGAUCUAAAACAGCUAAUCAGAACACAUUUGUAAAGAGGACUCUGGGCUGGUUGACAAUAGGUGAGUUCAGAGCCACGAAACCAGAGACCAAGGCUUUCUUUAUUGACUCCACAGCCCAGAUCCCUCUACUGCUCUGAAAAGAAAACAUUUACACCACCUGGCAUGUCCUUCUGAGACAGGCAAGAGCAAAAGAAGGAAGGAAAAGUUUAGCAACUGAAGGCCAUAGAGAGUCCCGUGACUUGAGACCUAAUCUCUGUAAAGCCAAAACAAAUAGAGAAAAAGAAUGAGGCCAAGGAUAUUGACAGCAUAUUGUCAACAGGGACUAUAAAUACAGACAGGGUCAAAUUAUUCAUCUCUGAAUAAUUUGAGUAGGAAUCACUGUUUAGAACACAUCCACUUUGUUUUCUCUCUCUCCUGCUGCUGCUAUUUUCUCCAGAAGAAUAUACUUUUACAAGAAACAAAACAAAACCCUGUUACAAAUUUCUAUUUUUAUCUGAGUUAUAGAAAUUAUUACUGCGGAAAAUUACUGUGUUAAAAGUCAAUAUAAUUUAACAAACAUUUGCUGAAUACCUACUAUACGUAAGGCGCUGUGCAAGAUACUACAUUCUGUAAUUGAAUAUUAUUCAUUAAGAGAUUGCAUAUAAUGUUGUCUGAAGCUAAUAUUUAUCAGUUUUGAUAUUCCUGGCUUAACCACUUCCAAAACUAUUUUUUUGCUGAGACUAAUCUAUUAAUUAUUUUCUCUAAUAAAGCAACCAUUAUAACCUUAAUUUAUUGUCAACAUACCUACAAAGUACAUUAUUACCUUUACACACCAAAGCACAUUUUUAAUGUCAUUAACAAAUGUAUCACACUAUCUAUCCUUUUUCCAGCAAGAAGAGCCUGAAAGGUGCAGAAAUAUUUGUAAAUAUUUGUGCUUAAAAAAUAAAAGCAUUUAGAAAACUUCUUUGUUCUAUUAUUUACAUUCAUGUAUUAUACCUUUCAUGAAAAAUUAAAGUAAUCCAUUAUUUGCAAAACUAAACAGACACACCUUUGGUUGUGGAAAUACAUACAAGUGUAAACCCAGUAGUAUAUACAUCACAUGGGGCUGUUCUUGCUUCAUACGUAGGUUUCCUUUUAGGUUGGUCAAGUACACACACUUAAACAGUCCUUUUCUUGGGAUUCAGGUCCUACAUUCCAAUCCAUUUCAAAGUUCUUGGGUAGCAGGAGAUUCGGGAUAGCUCAUUUGUCCUGUUUCUCUAGCUUUCUGUCUUUCCCUCUCUGGUCUUCCUUAGACUGCUAAUAUCUUCCUCCCCUCACAAGUGACCCAGAGCUGCAUGAUCCUUUGAUCUCAGAGGCCAUCACUGGUUGGCAUAGUCUUUUUUGGUUGACCCACAGAGUAUUAUCUGAAAUUUGGUUUAAUUGGCAAGAAUUAAAAAUCAAGACAUUUCGCAUAUUUGUAUUUUGGGAUUCCCUUGAAAAAUGGGAAGAUCUAGAGAUAGAGAAUCCAUAUUGCAUCAUAGAAAUAAUGAUCUGAUACUGAGAAGUGGCCCCUUUGAAAGGUUAUGCUGUCUCCGUAUCACCACAGUCCUAAUUUGCAGUCCUCUAUUGCACCCUCGUGCCA